UUUGUAAUCGUAAAUGUUUGUUCUACUGAGGAAUUAAAUCCAUAAACGUGGAGGUACGGGCCCAGACCACCAGAGUCCUCUCUGCCAGUGCUUGUGUUGGGAGUUGGGAACUCGGAAUUGGGAGGGAUGAUCUGGUAAUUUUAUCAGUUACCGCCGCGGUUUCACAUCGAUCAAUAGAAUAAGCGAGAAACACUGUUGGACGACGCGGAUCGAAAGAGAACUCUCCAGACAGAAUUAGAAAAAGGCGUAUAUCGGACGACGAACCGUGAUAGAAAUGUUGCCCGGUUCUUUUAUUCCGGCUCAGACACGUCUGGUAGCAGCAUUUGCUUUCAUCUUCGUUUUCCUCAUCGUCUUCGCCGAUUCCGUUACCAAUGAUUCCCAGGUAAAAUGUAGCCGAACCUGCAUAGCUGAAAACUGCAACUCCGUUGGAAUCCGUUACGGGAAAUAUUGCGGGGUGGGGUGGUCUGGUUGUCCUGGAGAAAAACCGUGCGACGAUCUGGACGCUUGUUGCAAGAUCCACGACGAAUGCGUCGAGAAAAAAGGUUUGACUAACGUAAAAUGCCACGAGAAGUUUAAGAGUUGCAUAAAGAAAGUGCAAAAAUCCGGCAAGGUUGGAUUUUCUCGGAAUUGUCCCGUUGAGAUGGCUGUGCCUACCAUGAUGCAAGGUAUGGAUAUGGCCAUCUUACUCAGCCGACUAGGCAGCACCAAGCUUGAACUCUAAUUUCUGAACGUCAAAAAUUUACUUCAUUACACUUCCAUUUCAUUUGAUGUGUUAAGCGUUAUACUAGGAUUGCCAUUCAUACAUGAUAUCCGUGUUCGAUUCUUUAUUAAAUUGGUGAGAAAUAUGAACGUUUUUAA